AUGGAUCAUGUCAAAAACUUCUAUCGGACAAUAUUAGGGUCGUCGCAUCCUUUGGUUUUAUCUGUUCACUUAUCGGGGAAAGCUGCUCCAAUUGUUUUUUAUGUGAUUGGAUCUUGGUUUCUGAGUUUUACAAUGCAAUUCAUCACAGUACUGCUGCUGCUUGCCACAGACUUUUAUCUAACUAAGAAUAUCAACGGUAGAAAGUUAGUUCAGCUGCGCUGGUGGUAUAAUUCAUCUGGUGCCGAUAACAAAACUUUCACUUUUGAGUCCUACAAGCAAUAUCCACCAGGUCCCCCCAUAAACCCCAUAGACUCUAGGCUUUUCUGGUGGUCUACUUACGUGACCCCUGUAGUCUGGAUAGUUUUUGGAGUUAUGUGUUUACUGCAAUUCAAAUUUUUAUACCUGAUACUAGUAGCGAUGGCCAUAUGUCUGACUGGCUGGAAUGCCUAUGGAUUUCGCAAUUGUGACAAAUGGGAACCAAACCAGGACGGAAAUCAAUCAGGAUCAUGGAUCCAAAUGCCCAGUCUACCUGCGUUCAAUAACCUAAGUAGACUUGCUGGAUUGCAAAGCUUUUUCCAGUCUAAUUAG